ACAUCAGUUUGUCAGUCGGUUCGGAACUGGAGAGCAGCAAACACUCGCACUCGAAAAUCGUUUCCUCACACCACUUUUGCUUCUCGACUGUAAAGAAGGUGCUUCUUUUUUGCUGCUGCGAGCACAAAGAGAGCCAAGUUUCAGCUCAGCCUAAGUCGGUGUUGGUUAGCUUUUAGUUUUUCAUUCUGUUCACACAUUGUUUUUUAAUGUCCUCUUCGCUGAAGUGAGGAAAAUUAGUAGAGGUCCUGCUAUAUAUUUGUUUUUAAAUAUUUUUCCUACAAAUUUCAAAUAUCGGAUUAAGUGCUUUUAUAAAGUUAAGGUGAAACCCGAGUCGGCAAAAUACCCGUCAUUUUUUAUUGCUUUGAAGAGUGCUCCGCAAAAGAAGUGAAAAAUUAGCUUUGCCAGCAAGUGAAAUUAUUGUGCGGAAGAAAUCGGAAAUAAGUUCCAAGUCAGCUGCUCAAGGUCCUGCGUUUAGAAGCCGUGUGGAAGAUGGCCAACCUGAAGCAGAUUCCGCUGACAUGUUCCGGCCAUACCCGACCGGUGGUGCAUUUGGAUUUCAGCGAUUUGACCGACUGCGGAUACUUUCUGAUAUCGGCCUGCAAAGAUGGUAAACCAAUGCUGCGUCUUGGAGACACCGGAGAUUGGGUAGGCACAUUUGAAGGCCACAAAGGUGCCGUGUGGGGUGUUGCCCUCAACAACAAAGCCACACUGGCCGCAUCUGGAGCUGCAGAUUUUACCGGAAAAAUUUGGAACGCAGUGACAGGCGAAGAAGUACACAGCCUUCAACAUAACCACAUUGUAAAAACGGUUGCAUUCGAUAGCAAUAGUCAAUGUCUGGUAACUGGAAGCAAUGAAAAACUAGUCAGAGUAUUUGAUCUAAACGCAUCAGGUACACCCGUGGAAUCAUACUCUGGUCAUGCUGGUAACAUUAAACGGGCCAUAUUUGCUCGUAACGACAAGUAUGUUAUUAGCUGCGCUGAUGACAAAACCAUGCGCCUGUGGGAUCGUACAAGUGGACAGGAAACCAUGCGCGUUGAAUUCAACGCACAUCCAAACAGUUUGGAGCUGUCACGAGAUGGAAACAUAUUGACUGUUACCUAUGGCUCUAACGUUGCCUUCUUUGAAACGGAAACACUGAAGAAGAUGAAGGAAAUCGUUGUGCCAACCAAAGUCAGCUCAGCCAGCUUGCAUCCUGACAAACAAAUGUUCGUUUGUGGUGGAGAAGAUUUCAAAAUGUACAAAUUUGACUACAUAACUGGCAACGAAAUUGAAUCUUUUAAAGGUCAUUUCGGACCCGUUCAUGCCGUGAGCUUCAGCCCAGAUGGAGAAUUGUACGCAAGUGGAUCGGAGGAUGGCACACUUCGACUGUGGCAGACCACAGUUGGUAAGACCUACGGCCUUUGGAAGUGCACUGAGCCGACCGAUCUCAACAAUACAGUCAAUUCUACUGCUACUACUCGUGAAGUGACUGCCAACUAAGCUCUACACCUGCAUUGAACAUCAUUUGAAUUCAAUAAAAUGAAAAUCAAUAGCCGGUAAGUUACUUUUAUUUCUAUUUUAAUUUCUUGUGUUAUUUAACACAGGAAUUUAUGAUUUAUCCCGCCAACUUAACAGUGUAAUUAUUCCAAUGAAAUUAAAAUAUCUUUUUUUUUUCUAGACAGCAAUCAGUGUAUUCAUUGCUUGAAAAUUUUGAUAGGUUUAAAACACGUACAUGAUAGUAAUUUAUUAUUUUCAACGAUUAAAUCGCGUUGUCCCAAA